AUGGAUUUCUACUUUAUUAUAUUUUCCACAAUCUUGACGCUGCUGCUCAGCUAUCUACGCUACAAAUAUCAAUAUUGGGAGCURCUUGGCGUACCUCAGCUCAAGAUGAAUUAUUUUCUUGGCAAUCUCUUUCGAAUAAAAACAAUACAUAAAACGGAACURUUACAUGAAGUUUAUAAAGAGUUUCGUGGCAAAGCAAAAUUGGUCGGYACAUACGUUUUUACCAAACCUAUAGCCGUUGCGCUGGACUUAGACUUGGUGAAGUCCAUAUUAAUUAAAGAUUUCAAUAAAUUCACCGAUCGUUUCGAACAACGAAACAGCAGUGAGAGCAUUAUUAAUCAUCACCUGUUUCGUUUGGAUGGCGAAAGGUGGCGUCCAUUGCGCGCGAAACUCACACCGACCUUCACAUCGGCGAAAAUGAAGUWUAUGUUUCCCACGCURUUGACGGUGGCASAACAAUUGGAGGAGGCUUUUAGCAAACAGUUGACCAAAACAUCGAAUGGUGAUGUCGAAUUACACGAUUUAAUGGGUCGCUAUACAACCGAUGUGAUUGGUCAUUGUGCCUUCGGUGUUGAAUGCAAUAGCUUGAAGGAUCCAAAUGUGGUAUUUCGUCGCAUGGGUCGUCGCAUUUUUUAUCCAAAAUAUUUCUCCAUACGUCUACGUACAUUUAUGACUUCAUAUCCCGCUCUCUUUAAAUAUCUGAAAUUUUUCAAUAUCAAAGAACAUCCGAAAGAUGUCGAAGAUUUUGUGGUGCAGCUUGUGCGUGAUACACUGCGUUUGCGCGAGGAACAAAACAUACAGCGUAACGACUUCAUAGAUUUGUUAAUUGAGUUGAAAAAUUCCAAAGACACGAAAGGUAUGCCUGCACUGGGUAUUGAAGAGAUGGCUGCACAGGUGUAUAUUUUCUUUGCUGCUGGCUAUGAGACCAGUUCUAGUAACUUGAGUUAUGGGCUAUAUGAAUUGGCGAAGAAUCCGCACGUACAGGAGAAGUUGAGAGCGGAAAUUAAAAGCGUUCUURAGAAACAUAAUGGCGAGUUGACAUAUGAAGCCAUGAUGGAGAUGACAUAUUUGGAUCAAGUUAUAACGGAGACYCUACGUAUGUAUCCAGCACUUGGCGCUCUCAAUCGUGUCUCCAUUGACGACUACAAAAUACCCGAUACGAAUAUCACACUUGAAAAGGGCACACGCAUCUACAUUCCUGUGAAAGAGAUACAUUAUGAUCCUGCUAUCUAUAAUAAUCCCAAGGAAUUCCGCCCGGAGCGCUUCCAUCCCGAUGAAGUGCAAAAACGUCACCCACWGGCUUUUCUCGGUUUCGGUGAUGGACCUCGUAAUUGUAUUGGUCUUCGCUUUGGACGUAUGCAAGUGCGCGUUGGCUUCAUAACUCURCUMAAAUCUUAUCGCUUCAGCUUAUCGGAGAAGACACCAAAAGAAUUGGAGAUUUCUAAAUAUAGUAUAGUGCUUGUACCGCACAGCAAAGUGUGGUUAAAGGCAGAAAAGCUGUAAAGAUUAAACUUGUAGCGACACACAGUUAUGCUUAUUUCAUGGUCAACGAAGUGGAGCAAUAUUUGUAUCGAAGUAGAAUUAAAGAGCUUCAAUAAAUGGUGCCAUAUAAGAAUAUCUGCAGAAGAAA